AUGCCCACCAACUUCACCGUGGUGCCCGUGGAGGCGCGGGCGGACGGCGACCAGGACGAGGCGGCCGAGCUGAGCGAGGCGCCGGGCGCCCCCGAGGGCCACGAGCCCAACGGCUCGAGCCGGGGAGAUGGACAGUCGAGAGAGAGCAGCCCCAUCAUUAACAAUGGCGACAUGGAGCGGGAGAGCUUCUUUGAAGGAAAGAACAUGGCGCUUUUUGAGGAGGAAAUGGACAGUAACCCCAUGGUGUCCUCACUCCUCAACAAGCUGGCCAACUACACCAACCUGAGCCAGGGCGUGGUGGAGCACGAGGAGGCCGAGGAGAGCCGAAGGCGAGAGGUCAAGAACCCAGGCAUGGGCACCUUCAUCGGAGUCUACCUGCCCUGCCUGCAGAACAUCCUCGGCGUGAUCCUCUUCCUGCGCCUGACGUGGAUCGUGGGCGUGGCCGGCGUCCUGGAGUCCUUCCUCAUCGUGUUCAUGUGCUGCACCUGCACGAUGCUGACGGCCAUCUCCAUGAGUGCGAUUGCCACCAAUGGCGUGGUCCCAGCUGGUGGCUCCUAUUACAUGAUAUCACGUUCCCUGGGGCCGGAGUUUGGGGGGGCCGUAGGCCUCUGCUUCUAUCUGGGUACGACCUUCGCAGGGGCCAUGUACAUUUUGGGGACCAUUGAGAUUUUUCUGACCUACAUCUCCCCUGGCGCGUCCAUCAUCCACGCCCAGUCGCCGGAGGGCGAGGCGGUGGCCAUGCUGCACAACAUGAGGGUGUAUGGGACAUGCACCCUGGCCCUCAUGGCCAUGGUGGUCUUCGUGGGCGUCAAGUACGUCAACAAGCUGGCCCUGGUGUUCCUGGCCUGCGUGGUGCUGUCCAUCCUCGCCAUCUACGCCGGCGUCAUCAAGUCGGCCUUCGACCCGCCCGACAUCCCGGUCUGUCUGCUUGGGAACCGCACGUUAUCGAGACGCAACUUCGACGUCUGUGCCAAAGUCUCCACCAACAACAAUGGCACGGUGACCACCGCGCUCUGGGGCCUCUUCUGCAACAACUCCAUGCCCAACGCCAUCUGCGACGAGUACUUUGCCCAGAACAACCUCACGGAGAUUCAGGGAAUCCCCGGCGUGGCCAGCGGCGUCUUCCUGGAUAACCUGUGGAGUGUGUACACGGACAAAGGCGUGUUUGUGGAGAAGCAGGGCACGCCCUCGGUCCCGGUGCCAGAGGAGAGCAGAAACAGCAAGCUGCCCUACGUGCUCACCGACAUCAUGACCUACUUCACCAUGCUGGUCGGCAUCUACUUUCCCUCCGUGACGGGCAUCAUGGCGGGCUCGAACCGAUCUGGAGACCUCAGGGACGCCCAGAAGUCGAUCCCCACCGGGACCAUCCUGGCCAUUGUGACCACAUCUUUCAUCUACCUCUCCUGCAUCAUGCUCUUUGGGGCCUGCAUCGAAGGCGUGAUCUUGCGAGAUAAGUUCGGGGAGGCCCUGCAGGGGAACCUGGUCAUCGGCAUGCUGGCCUGGCCGUCGCCCUGGGUCAUCGUCAUCGGCUCCUUCUUCUCCACCUGCGGUGCUGGCCUGCAGAGCCUGACGGGGGCGCCGCGCCUGCUGCAGGCCAUCGCCCGCGACGGCAUCGUCCCCUUCCUCCAGGUGUUUGGCCACGGGAAGGCCAACGGGGAGCCCACGUGGGCCCUGCUUCUCACGGCCCUCAUCUGUGAGAUCGGCAUCCUCAUCGCUUCCCUGGACAGUGUGGCCCCCAUCCUUUCCAUGUUCUUCCUCAUGUGCUACAUGUUUGUGAACCUGGCGUGCGCUGUGCAGACCCUCCUGCGCACCCCCAAUUGGCGCCCACGCUUCAGAUACUACCACUGGACGCUGUCCUUCCUGGGCAUGAGCCUGUGCCUGGCACUGAUGUUCAUCUGCUCCUGGUACUAUGCCCUGUUCGCCAUGCUCAUCGCCGGCUGUAUCUACAAGUACAUCGAGUACCGAGGGGCCGAGAAGGAGUGGGGCGAUGGCAUCAGGGGGCUGUCGCUCAAUGCUGCCCGCUACGCCCUGCUGCGUGUGGAACACGGCACCCUCCACACCAAGAACUGGAGGCCCCAGGUGCUGGUGAUGUUGAACCUGGACUCCGAACAGUGUGUGAAGCACCCCCGCCUGCUGUCCUUCACCACGCAGCUCAAGGCUGGCAAGGGCCUCACCAUCGUGGGCUCUGUGCUGGAGGGGACCUACCUGGACAAGCACGCUGAAGCCCAGCAGGCUGAGGAGAACAUCCGAUCCCUGAUGGGCACCGAGAAGACCAAAGGCUUCUGCCAGCUGGUGGUGUCCUCCAACCUGCGGGACGGCAUGUCCCACCUGAUCCAGUCGGCCGGCCUGGGGGGCAUGAAGCACAACACGGUGCUCAUGGCCUGGCCCGAGUCCUGGAAGGAGGAGGACAACCCUUUCUCCUGGAAGAACUUUGUUGACACCGUUCGCGACACCACGGCGGCGCAGCAGGCCCUGCUGGUGGCCAAAAACGUGGACCUGUUCCCGCAAAACCAGGAGCGCUUCAGCGAUGGGCACAUCGACGUGUGGUGGAUCGUACACGACGGGGGCCUGCUAAUGCUGCUGCCCUUCCUGCUGCGGCAGCACAAGGUGUGGAGGAAGUGCCGGAUGCGCAUCUUCACGGUCGCGCAGGUGGACGACAACAGCAUUCAGAUGAAGAAGGACCUGCAGACGUUCCUGUACCACCUGCGGAUCAGCGCGGAGGUGGAGGUGGUGGAGAUGGUUGAGAACGAUAUCUCCGCCUUCACCUAUGAGAAGACGCUGGUCAUGGAGCAGAGGAGCCAGAUGCUGAAGCAGAUGCAGCUGUCCAAGACGGAGCGGGAGAGGGAGGCUCAGCUAAUUCACGACCGGAACACCGCAUCCCAUUCUGUGGUGGCCGCCAGGACCCGCGCCCCUGCCACACCCGACAAAGUGCAGAUGACCUGGACGAAGGAGAAGCUGAUCGCCGAGAAGCUGAAGAACAAAGAUGCCAACAUGUCCGGGUUCAAAGACCUCUUCAGCCUGAAGCCGAACCAGUCCAACGUCAGGAGGAUGCACACGGCGGUGAAGCUCAACGGUGUCGUCCUGAACAAGUCCCAGGAUGCCCAGCUGGUCCUGCUGAACAUGCCGGGGCCCCCCAAAAACCGGCAGGGGGAUGAGAACUAUAUGGAGUUCCUCGAGGUCCUGACCGAGGGGCUGAACAGGGUGCUCCUGGUCCGGGGCAGCGGCCGGGAGGUGAUCACCAUCUACUCCUAA